AUGUCGGAUGAAGAAGACACUGUAGCAGAUCUCUCGUUUGUUGCUUGGGAUGAAAUUCUUGCCCCCUCUGGUGAUUCAAUGGAAGUAGGAAACGACGCCCAGUGGACAGUGUCAUCGUGCAAAGCUGGAAAUGGAGUUCAGAAGCUGCGAGAUAACAAAAUAGACACCGUAUGGCAGUCGGAUGGAGCACAGCCCCACACAAUUUCCGUCUUCUUUCGUGAGCGCAUGUUUGUGGAGUGCCUUUGUUUCUACGUGGACUAUGAAGAUGAUGAGACAUACACGCCAAACAGAGUGUGUGCUAAAGUGGGUACAAUGCUCUCUGACAUGACGGUAGUGUCCACGAAGGACCUAGACCAGCCACGGGGCUGGAUUACCAUGCCACUGACAGACGACUCCGGUCGGCCGAGUCACGUGUUCAUGGUUGAGUUGAUCAUUAUCGCCAACCAUCAGAAUGGACGCGACACACACAUACGUCAGUGCAAGAUCUACGCUAGGAGUGAACCUGCUGUCCUGCCGCUAUCCGCCCAGGAAUCCCUGUAUACAUUUGGCGGUGCCCCACUUUCUCAUUUCAACACGCUGCGCUGA